UCUUUGUUUUAUUAAGACCCCGACACCUACCGUCGAAAGCGAGAAACAGAGCAUCAUGCGAGCUGAGCUGAGCUCACAUCACAAGCAAGAAACAGAGCAAACAAAGCUUAGGGAGGCUUGUCUUAGAUUUCAUCGCAUAGCUUCAUAUAUUCCACCACGCUGUCGAUCGAAGCACAUCCGCAACCAGUCGAGACAAGAUGACCACGAAGGAGCCGAUCCCGCUGCUGACGCCGCACAGGAUGGGGAGGUUCGAGCUCUCCCACCGGGUGGUGCUCGCGCCGCUCACGCGGUGCCGCUCCUACGGCAACGUGCCGCAACCGCACGCGGUGCUGCACUACUCGCAGCGGGCGACAAUGGGCGGCCUGCUCAUCGCCGAGGCCACCGGCGUCUCCGCCACCGCGCAGGGGUUCCCUGAUACCCCUGGCAUCUGGACGCAGCAGCAGGUCAACGCUUGGAAACCCAUCGUCGAUGCCGUCCACUCCAAGGGCGCUCUGUUUUUCUGCCAGAUUUGGCACGCCGGAAGGGUCUCCACAAACGAUUUCCAGCCGGAUGGGCAUCCGCCGAUCUCCAGCACGGACAAGCAGAUAGCGCCUGAUGCUGAGUCCGGCACGGUCUACUCCAAGCCUCGACGGCUUCAGACAGAUGAGAUAUCGUUGAUCGUAGAUGACUUUAGACGAGCCGCUGCGAAUGUCAUUGAAGCGGGGUUCGAUGGUGUGGAGAUCCACGGAGCACAUGGGUUUCUCUUGGAGCAGUUCAUGAAAGAUAGCUCAAACGACCGUACUGACGGGUAUGGUGGCAGCCUUGAGAACCGAUGCCGCUUUGCCGUGGAGGUGAUUGAUGCUAUCGUCCACGAGAUCGGUGCGGAUCGUGUGGGAAUCAGAUUGUCUCCAUUCGCUGACUACAUGGAUUGCUUCGACUGUAAUCCGCAUGAGCUUGGUAUCUACAUGGUACAACAGCUCAAUAAGCACAAAGAUUUUCUUUACUGCCACAUGGUAGAGCCUCACAUGACCACUGUGGAUGGUCGCAUACAGAUACCCCGUGCACUAUUGCCCUUUAGAAAAGCAUUUAACGGCACUUUUAUUGCUGCCGGAGGGUAUGAUCGAGAGGAAGGAAACAAAGUGGUGAAUGAUGGUUAUACUGAUCUCGUUGCCUAUGGAAGGCUAUUUCUUGCAAAUCCGGAUUUGCCAAAGAGAUUCGAGCUAGAUGUCCCCUUGAACAGGUAUGACCGGUCCACCUUCUACACACAGGAUCCUGUCAUCGGUUACACGGAUUAUCCUUUCCUUGAUGGCUCAAAUGCAGAGUAGUUCAUUCACCCAAAUUCAAUUACUGAUGUGCUUCGUUAAUAUAGUAUGCGAUCAUUUAUUCAAUUUGUGAGUUCGCGUGCAUGUGCAUUUUAUCAUUUUCACACACAAAAAAAUUGUUUUCCAAUGUAAUGUCAUUAUAUACAUAUCUUCAUCUUGUGACAAAUUUUCCUACGUAUUUGUUUUUAUUUCGUAACAAAUGUGGAUUCAAAUUGUUCUUCAUUUAAAAAAUAAAUGGGAGAGAUAUGUGGUUGCAGUAUGUAAUGAUUUCGCUCACUCAUUCAAAUUGUUCUUCAUUAUUUAGGUUCUUGAA